AUGUCGGGGGAACGCGCAUUGGCGGACGCGGAACGCGCCAUACGCCGCCCGGCGGGCGCGAGUGAAUGCGGCGAGACGGAAGAGGCGGGGAACGCCGCGGAAGAGGUGGAGGAGGCGGAAGGAGGAAGAGUCGCGGAAGAGGUGGGGGAGGCGGGAAAAGGAGGGAAUGCGGAAGCUGGCGGAGCUGCUUUCGAGGGCGGUUUGUCCAUCGAGGCCGGUAUAGGCCUCGACGACUCGCCGACGGAUGCUUCGACGGACAAGCGGAAGCCUGCAAACUUGGACACACCAUCAUCCACGUGUCCAGCAGCGGCCGCUGACUCUCCGUCAGCUGACAAGGAUCCCUUCUCCGCAUUCGACGGCGGUACAAGUAUGUCACGUGAGCCGCGGGUUUCCACGGAUCCUGAUGCUUUCCCCGCCGGGGAUGUUCGCCCUCCGCCGCGUCCUGCUGCUUCCCGCGUGCCUUCCGCUCCUCUCUCUGCUGGUGCGAAUCUGGCGCCUUUACCAUCUCCGCGGAUCUCGGCUGGAGCUUUUCGCCCUCUGCCGCGUCCUGCUUCUUCCCCCCACGUGCCGUCGAAGGCACGCGGCUCCGCUCUUCCCUCUGCUGGUUCGGAUCUGGCGCUUACAUCAUCUCCGCGUAUCUCGGUGGGAGAUUUCUCCCACGAUAUCGACCGCCUCUCGCCCCGCGCGCGGCGGAAUCGGAAAAGGUCGCCGGAAGAGCGCGCAGAGGGGGCAUUCGCCGCGGAAGCGCCUGGUUCGCGGGCUGUACUUCCGCCCCCGCGCAAGAGGCGGAGAAACCCGCCCGAGCAUUGCGCCUUCCCCUUCCGCGCAUUCGUUAGCGUGCGCGGUGAUUCCGCACAUUCGUCCGUGGUGAUUGUGCCUUCCCCAUCCGCGCAUUCGUCAGCGCGCCGCGCGGGGGAGUCAUCCCUCCACUCCUUGUCCAUGUCGUUCGACGAGGUAGCCCUCCGCCUAACGACUUCCGCGUACGGGCUGCGCACGGAAGAAGGCGAUGGCGGAAGCCAGGGGGAAGUGCUUUCCGUUAUUGUGGGCCCAACGCCGCCGCGGUACUCGCUGUUGGAGAGCGACUCGGAUGUAUCUUCUUCCGCGAACCUUGACAUCAUUCUUGAAACUAUGAAGGGAUAA